ACACCCACAAGAGCAUCACUGACUCUGACUCUUUGUAAAGCAACUUUGCUUCUGGUGUCUCUGCUCUAUUAACACAAGACCAGCUUCAAACCAUGUUUGUUCUGGGUCUGCUCACCUGUAUUGUGCUGCGAGCAUUCAGUGCUCAGGCAAAAGUGGUCACGAGCUUUAAUGAGUGUAGUGAGUUUUUUUACAAAGGCACAGAACCGGAAGGAAUGGACCAGAAUGCCAAGAAAAUCUGUCAGAAGAACGAGCAAAGAGGCUCUUACUACGCUACGCUGUACUCGGUUCAUCACAGGAUUCCCCUCUACAGUGCCUACACAUUUGACCUUAAAGGGUCAACCACUGGUGGAAGGACAGACAUCUGGCAUUUAGAGCCACAGAUUUCCCAACCUGAAUCCCAAAUUGAUUAUAUGGUCCGUGAGAACCAGAAUAAUCAAAACACUUAUAAAAGAUAUCAAGCCAUCAGCAGCGACUACAGAGACACCGGAUAUGAUCGUGGACACCUGAAACCCAGCUUUUUCUCACGCAGUGAAGAAGGCCGUGAGGCAACAUUUACACUGACCAAUGCAGCACCGAUGGAUGCAUGCUUCAACCGUAUCCACUGGUAUAAGUGGGAGAUCACUUUGAAGUCUUUUUUAAAUUACAAGCUUGCCAGUGAUAACGGUUUAGCUAAAGCCUACAUUGUCACAGGUACAGUACCUGAUGUACGUGAACGUAUACCUGACAGGGAAAAACCUGAGGACUCUGAGAGGGUGACGGUGCCCUCUCACAUCUGGACGGCUGUCUGUUAUAAACACUACUUUGAUAACAGAAAGUCUUUAUCCUUUGGCUUUAUAGGAAAAAAUCAGCCAGAAGAGCCUGGCAUAAGCCUGAUGAGUGUCUCAACCCUGAAUAAUCGCCUCACUGAACUCUAUAGUGAGUUGUUAACUUUUCGAUCAAUUAACAUUUUUUAUGAUGAAUGUUUUGGUGACAAUGAUUUAGAUGAAGUUGAGGAGAGGUUUAAGAAAUUAAUGCCUCUGCCAGUGAAAGUUGCAAUGGCCUCAGCCGUGCGUAACACAUAUAACACACUGAAAAGGGCCGUCAGCAGUUACAGUGUACCUGCAAAGAAAGUCAGAGUGAGCGAGCUGAUAGCAAAGUUAGUCUUUGACAGUUUGAGCAUCUAUUUCUCUAUAGCAGAAGAGCUGAAGAUUUUUUCCAAAGGUGAUUGUCUUAUAAUUAAUGCCAAAAAGUCUAUAAGUUAUGGUGAUGUUGACCUAAGAAAAAGGGAGGUAUCUGAGGGGUCAGAUGCUGUUGAAUGUCUGUUGGUCCCAGAGAAGCAGAAGACUGCAGCUGAUGGAUCGCCAUGCGUAAGCGUAACUGACUCUAGUGAUAGUUGUGAAUGCACCUCAGGCAAACCCUGUUGCUCCACUCCCUGCCUGUACCAGCACAAACUCAAGGGCUACAGGUGUUACUCAGGUCAGAAACGGAUAGAGUGCUCACCCCGGUACUCACUCAUCACGGUUAAAGGAGAGAGAUGUUUGGAUGAUCACCCCUGUGCCACAUAUGGCUAUGAUUAUUACUGGUGUAAGACUGGUCUUGGUUACGUUAAAGAUGACUGGGGCUACUGCAGCCCUCCGCUGUGGAGAAGUAAAGCUGAAAAUGGGAAGAACUGCCGCAGCGACCAUGCCUGUGCCAAAUAUGGUGAAAGCCAGCCAUGGUGCUAUACAGAUGACGGCAAGAAAAACAAGUGCUGUACUUAUGAUGACUGCUUUUCAGCUGUAAAUGGCAAAACCUGCAAGCCUGAUCACCCCUGUGGCUACCAUGGUAAAAAAUACCUGUGGUGCUACACUACUUAUGGAAAAUGGGAUUAUUGUUGCACAUUUGAUUGUAGAAAGAUGAUUUCUUCUUAGACUUUACAAAAAUCUGUGAGUAAUUGAGUUGUUGAAAUUGUAUGAAAGUAAAAUGUAUGUAUGGUCUGAAACAGUAGACACAUUGUGCAAAUUAGACAAAGAAUAUAACAGUCCUUCUGUUAAAUUGUUACAGAUAUUAAACUUUUCCCAAACAGAACACAAAUAAACAAUAAAC